AAUACCACAGAAUGAUCAACAUUUUCUAUCUCAACAUUCUUUUGAAAUUGAUAAUCCUUUGUCUCCUCACUCUCCUGACAUUUCUAAAUUAGAAUAAAUUAGAAUCUGAGGUGUUAAGUGAUCCUGUUAACCCUCAAAGUCAAAAUUUAAUAUUUAGAUAUUUCUUUUUACUAUUUAACUUUUGAGUUUGUAUUUUGAUAAGAUCAUAUGAAUUUGGUUGAUGAUUUUUUGUGUAGUGUUUUAAAUUUGGAAAAUAUUUUAGGAUGUUUAUUUAUAAUUUAUUUAUUAUUUUAUUCUAUAACGGUUUUUUCGGUUGAACCAUCGGUUGGACCGGUUGGACCAGUAAACCAGUGAACCAGUGACUAGAGCGGUUUGAUGAUCGGUCCUGUUUUUAGAACCUUAUUUACAAGUAUAAAAUAACAAUUGUUAGACCAGCCCUAUGCCAGUAAUUAACAAUUGUUAGACCAGCCCGGUUUUUGGAGUGUUACCGGUUCAAAACGAAAGGCCUCCAAACGCCGUCUUUUUUAUUUUUUCAUUAAAAAAAAACAGAUUCAGAAAUCAAAAUCCCCUCUUUGAUAGAUACCCUUUGGCCCUUUCUCCCUCUGAAAACUUGGAAAGAAGUAUAGAACUCAAAAACCCAACCCUAAACCCUCUUCGAUACCCAGCCACCAUCCCACUUUCAUCACCGAACCCUUGCCGCCGGGUGGAACUGCCGUUGUCGCCAUCACUUCUCAUUCUUCCGUUGCCGCCACUUCCCUUCCUCCCUCGCCGCCGCCUGCAGUGCGAUGAGUGAAUCCAUGUUUAUGGCUGCUGCGUUAAACCCUCCCAAAACCCCCUUCAAAAUCAUCCUCACACCCGCUCUUCUGCCUCCCCCAACCUCCUCCGCACUCACUUUCAAACCAAACAACAACUUCCCCACACUCUCCGUCGCCGCACAACCACAACAACAAGAACACGCCGCUCUACUCGACACUCUUCGCAACAGCACACGCAAGAACCAAGUGCUCCAAUCCAUCAGAACCACAUCCCCCUUCAACUGCCUCUCCGAAACAAAUCUUCACCAUACGGUUCCCGCCCUUACCUCCAAAACCAGGGGAAAGGUUAGAGACAUAUAUGAUAGUGGAGAGUACCUUGUUUUGGUUACUACUGAUCGCCAGAGUGCAUUUGAUAGAAUCCUUGCUUCAAUUCCCUUCAAGGGACAGGUUCUUAACCAGACAAGCUUGUGGUGGUUUGAGAGAACCCAGCAUAUAACUGCUAAUGCCGUUGUGUCCACUCCUGAUCCUAAUGUUACCAUAGCAAAGAAAUGUUCUGUUUUCCCUGUUGAGUUUGUUGCUAGAGGCUUUGUGACCGGAAGUACUGAUACUUCAUUAUGGACAGUCUACAAUAAAGGCAUCCGGAACUAUUGUG